AUGUUAGUAUUUUCCCAAAGCUUCUCUCCACCUGCAAUUACAAGGUAUUAUUCUAACGAGAGAGGUCCAAAUGUUUCUGACACAAUCAGAUGCUGCUCUUCUUCCAAAGGGUUUUUGAAGAAGAAGCCUGAGUUAAAAUGUUCCUUGGAGAAUCCCAUUGAAAGCCAAGCUUUGAGAAAGCGUUUUGUUUCUGGGUUUGCUGCCAUUUUGCUUCUCUCUCAGACAGGCCAGGGUGUUGCGUUGGAUCUCCCGUCGUCUGGUCAUCAGAACAUUUGCCAACUAGGGAAUGCUUCUGUGGAAGAAAACAAGCCGACUCUUCCGAUUGAUGACCCGGAAACGAUGAUGAUGAUGAUGAUGAUGAGAGGCAUGACUGCUAAGAACUUUGACCCAGUCAAGUACUCUGGAAGAUGGUUUGAAGUAGCUUCUCUUAAGCGUGGUUUCGCUGGUCAGGGCCAAGAAGACUGCCAUUGUACUCAGGGCGUGUACACGUUUGAUAUGAAGGAACCAUCUAUCCGAGUAGAUACGUUUUGUGUACACGGAAGCCCUGAUGGGUAUAUCACAGGAAUCAGAGGAAAAGUUCAAUGCGUUGGAGCAGAGGACUUGGAGAAAACUGAGACUGACUUAGAGAAGCGAGAGAUGAUCAAAGAGAAGUGUUUCCUUCGAUUCCCAACGAUUCCUUUCAUCCCCAAGUUGCCUUAUGAUGUUAUAGCUACCGAUUACGACAACUACGCUCUUGUCUCUGGAGCCAAAGACAAAGGCUUUGUUCAGGUAUAUUCAAGAACACCUAAUCCAGGACCUGAGUUCAUAGCCAAGUACAAGAACUAUCUGGCGCAGUUUGGGUAUGAUCCGGAGAAAAUAAAGGAUACUCCACAGGAUUGUGAAGUGAUGUCUGAUGGUCAGCUAGCUGCUAUGAUGUCCAUGCCAGGUAUGGAGCAAACGCUGACAAACCAGUUUCCAGAUCUUGGAUUGAGGAAGUCUGUCCAAUUUGAUCCUUUCACAAGUGUGUUUGAGACCUUGAAGAAACUUGUCCCGCUCUAUUUCAAGUAG